AUGGGGCCCGACUUGAGCCUAGCAGGCGUCCGAGGCGUGCAUUUUGGUGCCACUGACGUCCUCGUGCGCCGGGCGUGCCUGCUCUCUCUCGGGGCGCGGGGCCCCCGCGCAUCGACCCGGCGCGAGAGCCUCGGCAUCGAGCGGCGGGGCCGAGAAGUCCAGAAGGCGUGGUCCAGGGCGAGCUGGAGCUUGGUCUUCCUGCCAUUUCCUGUUGGUCCCUUUGGUCACGGCCAAUGCGCUGCCGCGACCCCCGCAUUGUGUGUGUUUCUUCUCCGCGUGGAUAUGCAACAUCCUUGUUAG